AUGAGAUACCAAGUGGUGCGCCAGAUGCUGGCGCUGGCGCGGCGGUGGCACACGGGGAUCAACUUGGCCGAGCAGAGCCACUUCAACGCCCUCGCCCUGCUGUGGUGGGACGUCGACGGGCCCCAGCGCAUCUUGCACAAGAUGAACUUGUUGCGGAUGGACUUCAUCUACGACACUGUACGGGGCCACAUUACCCUUAACCCGCCGGGUACUGAAGCUGACGAGGAAGUGUAUAUCCCUCCGUUCAACCCGGACUUGUUGCCGCUGCCAAUUCGGCGCCGGAUUGAGCUUGACCAGGACCAGCGCCGCGACGAACUCUUGCUGCACCACCCGCUCAAGGUGUUGGAUGUUGGCUGUGGCGGGGGCAUUCUCAGUGAACUGAUGGCCCGCCUUCCAUUUGUCGACCUGGUGCUUGGCGUCGACUUAUCGCCCGAAGUGUUGGAGGCGGCACGUAUCCACCAGCGGAAAGAUCCCAUGCUUACUACCAAAUUGAGCUAUAAGGAAGCGGCCGUGGAGAACGUCGAAGGUGAGUUCGACGUGGUGACGAUGUUUGAGAUGUUGGAACACGUCGACUACCCGCUGGAGGUGCUUAAAGCCGGUCUCCAGCGUGUAGCUCCCGGAGGGUGGUUGUUCUUGCUGACCAUCAACCGCGACUUUGUCCUGUGGUUCACCACCAUCUUCAUGGGCGAACACGUGUUGCGGAUCGUCCCGGUGGGCACCCACACGUUGGAGAAGUACAUCGACCACCAGGAGAUUGCCGGGUGGAUGGCGAAAAACGAGCCCCAGUACUCAGUGGUAGCGUCGAAAGGGUGCAUCUAUUUACCUGCCUACGGGUGGAAGUUCACGUCGCUGCCUGACGUCGGCAACUACUUCAUGGCCAUCCAGCGCCACGCCUAA